AAAUCUACAAUUUGCGCAAUGCUACAAAGCAAGACAUUCGAAUCAGGGAGGAGCUUCGUGUAAUGAUCGCAUGCCCCCAUUUUAGUGGAAUUGUGUAAAUAUUGUUUCAGAAGUUUACUUUUUAAUUAUCUUUCUUCCACUUGCUUUACUAUCGUUGUGGUGAAGGGAAGAGCAUCUAGCCAUGGCUGCGCUUUGACAGAACUGCAAAGUUUUGAAUUCUGAGCUACUCGUGAAAAUCGAUCGGUUCCAGAAAAUACUGCUAAAGUUCAGUGUGGCUCCACAGUAAGACAUCAUGGGAAUCUCGAUUCGAAAACUCAUUGAGACUUAUUGCUGAAUAUUUACAUUUACAUUACACUUGAGGACUUCAUUGCGGAUUCACAGUGAAAACGUUCUAGGAAUCAACCUUCUGAGAGUGGCAGAGGAUGCUUUCUGUGUCAGACCCAGAGUGACAUUUUACGGGAGGAAGGGGUCUGUUGUAACACUGUCAUUUUCUUAAUUUCUGUAUUUUUUCUUAGGCAAGCCUAGGAAUCUAGUAUUAUUUAAUGAAUAUGGGUUGUCUGUGCAGUAAAGACCAACGUAUUGAGAAGGCACGUAAAGAAUCAAACAAAAGGAUUAAUAAACAGCUGCAAGAAGACAAGCAUAAUAACCAAAUAACUUGCCCGCGCCAGUUGCUACUGUUAGGAGCUGAUGAAUCUGGGCAACGCACGAUAGUAAAUCAGAUGCGCUGUUUACAUGUGGAACGCACUGCACAGGAGAAAAUACAUUACAUACAAAACAACAGUAAAAAGGCUUCAGGGGUGUCCGAGACAUUUUUCGAGGUGGAUGGUAUCCAUUUUCAUGUAUCUAAUGUUAGAGGUCAGAGGUACGAAAGCAGAAAGUGGAUGCGGUGUUUUGCUGACGUGUGGGAUGUUAUUUUUGUGGUGGACAGCAGCAGCUAUGACAUGGUGAUGCAGGAAGACAGCCAGACCAACGGGCUGCGGGAGGCACUAAACCUCUUCAAGAUCAUCUGGAACAACAGGUGGCUAAGGACCCUUCCUGUCUGGGUCUUACUGAACAAACAGGACCUCCUAGCAGAGAAGAUUUUGGAGGGAAAAUCAAAAAUGGAAGAGUAUUUCCCAGAAUUUGCACACUACACUAUGCCGGAAUUUUCAACACCAGUACCAGGGGAGGACCUUCGUGUCACCAGGGCAAAGUACUUCAUACAUGAUGAGUUUCUGAAGAUCAGUACAGCAGGCCAACUAGACGAAAGGGACUGUCAUCUGGUUUUCACCUGUGCAGUUGACACGGAAAACAUCCGGCUCUUCUUUCGUGUCUUGACAGAUAGCCAGCUUGGUAGAUUUUCGACACUGAGACACUUAUUUUUCACCGACUGAGACAAAUUUAAUUACUGACUUAAUUACUUUGCAUAAAAUAACUUGAGAUUUGACUUUGGCAGUGUUCCAGGCCAACUACAUUGCAGUUGCUAAAUCUCACAAUGCCUGAAUAGGUGUUGAACAUAUCCACUAACCACAUCAUAUAAUAUAGCACUCUGACUGCAAUGUUGAUGACUGCAAUUUAUUCGACCUGGAACAUGGCCUACGACUUGUAGACUCCGCUGACAUGAGAUACUGUUGAGUUAAAAUAUGUUUGUACUGUUUUGUUACUCACUGCGGCAUAUAGUCUUCUGAAAUAGGACCGCAAACCAAGCCAAUUUGAGUAAACAGAACUAACCUUCUGUCAACGGUGGUGUAACACUCUCUGAGCCAGCCAAUGGUGGGGAGCUUGUCACGCUGGGCCAUGGCACACAGGUACACAAUGACGUAGUUCUCCGCAACCAUCAGGUCCAACGUUCCCACAACGUAUCUGCAAUGUUUAGUGGUGCUGUGGUUAGGAAUGUCGACCUGAAGAGUGGCCAAUUCAGAUAGUGUUUUACUAAGACUGUGGCUUCUCAUCAAUUAGCUCUCAGACCUGAACAGGUUGUCCAUGACAUGCGGGUAGUUCUCCAUGUUGUUUUCAGGGAGAUAGCAGGAAGAGAACACAAUGAUGUCAUUAGACCCUUCUCCAUAGUAACCUAGAAGGAAAACAUUAUUUGGAUGAGGCAAAAAUGAACAUGCAAAAAAUAAGUCAAGAUGCUCGUUCUGUCAUCCGAGUUGAUCUCACAAAAAACGGUCACAUCCGAAUUCCAUGAGCCUGAGAAAAGCUCACAUUCUUGCAUAAUGUCAGUUAGGUAAGUGCGACAGAUUAAGUGAGUGCUGGGAUUCUGGACUCACCCCCAUGUGACAAGACUCGAAGGAAAGGAUCCAGUACACUCAUGUUGACCAGACUCUCCUGAAGCGGAUCUCCUGUGCGGAACCGGCGCCACCUAGUGCCCUGGCUGUCCACUUGGUCUUGGUCAAGAGAGCCCACUCCCAUCUGCUCUGGUACUGACUCACGGGCCUUAUGGAAACAUGAUGCCACUCCCAGACGAAGCAGGUCAUCUGUGAAUGGGAAUAAUGUUUCAAUGGUCAAUUUCCCAUACCGUACUGUAGAUAACAAAAUGUAUAGACGGAGAGUGGUUGUGUACUGUCUAUAAUAUGUUAUAUCUAUGGGGUCAAGAUCAUCUAAUGCAAAGUAUAUAUAAAGGGAAUAGCUAUAUAUUGUGAAUUUCCCAAAAUAGCCUAUUUGUGUCUAUCCCAUGAGAAAAAUAUAAUCCAAGUGAAAGUUGUUCAAUAAGUUCAUUGGCCUGUCUUGGACCUGUGAGUGAAGAAACGGACCAAAGAUAAAGGCUGUUAGUCUGUCCUGUCCACUGCACCCAGUUCUCACCCUCCAAAUCCAUGUUGUGCACUGGAAAAUGGAGGGACUCGCUGUCCGAGGGCGUUUCCAUGGCAUCCAAGUCGAUGUCCAGCCCCAAAUCGUCAUCAUCGGGGGAGGGAGAGAGGGCAGCUGUGGCAUAGUCGUCGGACACCGCCGAGUCACUGCGAUCCAGCGUCAGACUUAGGGCUGGGGCCACCAGGCGCUUUUUCCUGGAUCGGGGCCCUGUCAGAGCCAGGCUGCUGGGCGGGGCUACCAUGACAUUUAAUCAUCAUGAUUUGCAUUUAUAUGGAGCUUUAUAACAGUGACUGUGAUGUUACAACAUUGCCAUUUUGAAUUGAAGUGUUACCUGGCCUGUCAUCAGCAGCUAAUGUGGGGUUCCCCGAGACUGCACCUGUGCCAUGAACAUUCCUGGGAGGUGACCUACAAUGUUUAGAGAGGUCAACAAUUACAUUUCUAUGGAAUUUUUAUUAGAUAUAGGUGUUUCAUUGUGAAAAAACACUUGUUUGGAUAUUUGGUAUGUUGAUAAUAUAAGAAAAACAAUUCAGUCUGAUGACCAUGACCUCUGACCUGGGAAUGUAAAUGUCAUCCUCCUCCUUCUCCAUUUCUUGCUCUUCCUCUCUUGGCUCCAUGUUGUUGCUGUGCAGGUUUUCAGUGCCAAGUUUCCUGAUAGAUGUUGUCAGAGUAAUAGCAAACCUUUUGGCCCGGAGAAAUUAAAAAUCCAAACUGCUAUUACAGCUCAGGAGCAACUUUAGCUGUAACUUCAUAUUUGUAUUUGAGGAGAAUAAAGGGUGUAAAAAUAAAUGAUGAUGAAUGUCAUGGACAUACGGUAACAAGUUAAAAAAAAUAAACACUAACACCAACAGGUUCAUGUCUGAUCAGUUCUGCCAAAUUAUCGGAUAAUGAGGGAUUUGUUCCUCUGCUGGCCUCUAGUGGAAAACGCACAGUGUUCAUUUGUAUUGAGUGCAAUAUAGGUAGUACGGUAUAUAAGCCAAGGCUAUCAACAACCACUGUCUGUCACCAUUUUGUACUUUCUUUUUCAAAGCUUGUAUUAUAAUGAAAAUGUAGAAUCACUUGUAGAAUGUAAGACCCUUUCACCAGUGAGAACACAUUAAAUUGCACCAAUAUCA